UUUCAUCGCGUGUAAUGGAUGAUGAUGGGAUGAGCUGCGUGCUUGCUUCCAGUGAUAUAUACAUGUAAUAUACAACACACGUGUGGUGAAUUAUACAUUGUUUUAGUGAAUAACGGUAUGAAGCAUAAUCGCUGAUUAUUAUAUAGCUUAAUUACUUUAUACUAUACAGUUUUAGAGAGAAGAUAAUCAGCAAGGUUAUAACUACAACUGGUGGAGCAGGAACAUCCUCUUACGUCAUACCGUACUACGAUCAAGAACUGGAAGGCGCGCGUGUGUCGACCGUCCGUAAAAAAAGAGAUAUCGCGUCAAAAGCAACUAAAUCGAUAAUGCUGAACCUGAAAGUGGACAACGAUUCUAUCUGCCUGUCUAACCAUUUGAUAAACAAGAGUGAGUUAUCCAUUUAAAAAAUCAUGAACGUUAGUACUAAUUUAAGUUUUGUGAUAUCCGAACAAACGAGGUUUGUGUACAUCGUAGCAGGUGUCCUAAAUAUGUAUAUACUUCCGGUGAUCGUGUUUACGGGACUUCUAGGAAACGCGAUCUCAUGUUGUGUAUUCAGUGGACGAGAACUGAGACGAUUGUCUUCCAGUGUGUACGUCAUAGCUGUUCUGGGCUCCGAUUCGGGUAUUCUGAUUGGAUUAUUAUUUGUGUGGCUGGAAGUUCUGGGCUACAGUUUUAAUCAUCGUCAAGGCAUCUGUCAACUUCUUGUCUUUUUAACUUAUGUGUGUAGUUUUCUGAGUGUCUGGUAUAUCGUCUGUAUUACUGUGGAGAACUUUAUUACGAUAUGUUAUCCUGCUAAAGUCAAGGAAAUGUGUACAUUACAAAGGGCCAGGGCAGUGGUAAUUAUAUUACUACUUGUUGCCAUGUGUCUAUACAGUUUAUCGUUGAUAAGUACGGAGGUGAAAGAAAAUGCGGAAUCUAAACGUUCCAUGUGCGACCGUAAACCCGAGUACUACGUCAUGUUUUCUGUGUUGACGUAUGUUGAUUCUGUUAUUACUUUAGUGAUACCGUUAACUGUUAUUGCUUUAAUGUUGACAACAAUGUCGGUAGCUAUUGCAAACACAUUUAGAUGGAAAAAAUUAAGUCCCAGUAGAGAAAUGAGCCGGAAAAGCUUCGUGUUCAAUUGUCCACAAGUUCGAGUUACAAAAAUGCUCUUUGCAUUAUCGACGUCAUUUUUAAUAAUGAAUGCCCCCGUACAUAUCGCGCGCUUGCACUAUUUAGUUCGCGCAUUUAGUCGAUCACCCGGCGUUUCGUAUAACGAAGGACUCCUACAACUUAUUUUACUGUUUAUAUCAUACGCCAAUUGUUCCAUCAAAUUCUUCCUGUUUUUAAGUUUCAGCAAGAACUUUAGGAAAUCCAUUAAAAAGAAAUAUUAUUCCAAAUUACCCCAAUGUUCCAGACCAUCGGAACCGACGUUUGUAUAAACAUCUCAAGGUAAUUGACCGCGUAAUAGCAUGAUUGACAGCUGAUAGGAGUCUCCAAUGACAUUUACAAUUGUCGGUUUCUUCUUUGUAUUUUUAAACA